CAAAGUAUCUUUAAAAUCUGUUUCAUCAUUUUCUGUACAGGAGGUCGCCAUCUUUGUUGACUGUUUGCAGGUAAGUGGGCUACCUGUGUUGGAAGCAACAUGGCGGAURCCAAGACAAGGGAACGUCAAGUGGUGGGUUCACAUGARAAACAAGCUUUUAAAAAUUUCAACGAACUAAAAGAAUAUGAAGAGCUGCUUGAUGUUACUCUAAAGGUAAACGACAAGGAAAUUAAAGCUCAUCGUAUCGUAAUUGCAGCCUGYAGUCCGUAUUUUCGUGCUAUGUUGACAACUGGUUUCGCUGAGUCCUACAUGAGUACUAUAUGUUUACAAGACUGCGAGGCCGAUUCUGUUCAGAUAAUGAUAGAUUACUUCUAUUCCUGCAAGCUAGUAAUCAAUCAGGAUAACAUUGAAGGAAUUCUAGCAACGGCUAACCUGUUUCAAAUACCAGAAAUUGUCCAAGAAUGUGCGGAAUUCAUGAUGGAUGAAAUUCAGCUUGAGAACUGCUUAGGAAUUCGGUCUUUGGCUAACCAAUAUGCACUGACAAGUUUGCAGUCAAAAGUUGAUAAUUUUAUUUCGUGGAAUUUCAUGGAUUUGUGCGUAGAGGAGGAGUUUUCGUUAAUUCCUGGACACCAACUUGACCAGAUAAUCAGCCAGGAUUCGCUUCAUGUGAAUGGAGAAGACGACGUAUUUGAAGCUUUGAUGGCCUGGUAUCAAGAAGAUGAAACUAGAAUAGACAAGAAUAAGGACUUAAUGAAACACAUUCGAUUCACUUGCCUUGAUCCUGAAUACUUAGAAGAAGUUGUUUUAGAAGAUGAAACAUUUUGCCRAGUACCAGAAUGGGAAGACUUAGCAGAAACAGCAUUGGAAUCCAUCUAUUCCUCAAAGCAAAAGAAAUCCAAACAAACCAUCGAAAAAGCAAGACAGUCUCCUUAUGUCUUGUAUUUGAUAUCAGAGUUAUUUGAUUCCAAGGUUGAAACCUUUAACACUGAAACUGGGGCMUGCACMGAGGUACCAAAUAUGACAGAAAUUUCCGGAACUGCAUUAGUUGUGAAUAACGAGCUYUAUUUACUCAUUGGCGGUGGACUUAUGAUUGACAGGUACAUCCCCAAGAAGAACCAAUGGUUGAGAGUUGUGGAUGGYAUGAAAGAAAGUGAAUAUGUUGCCUGCAGUGGUGUUGACUCAAUUUUUGUAAUAGGAGGUGGAAAACGWGCAAAGUACYUGSACUUGAAGACCAAUUCAUGGCARCGAUUGCCRUCAAUGAGCAUWCGCAGAGGAUACCACUCAAGUGCAGUUCKUCAUAACAGUGUGUAUGUUUCAGGGGGAAUAACUCCRCCAGGAGAACUGGCUACAACUUCCACYGAGUGCUACUGUAYAGAAUCUAAAAAAUGGAURCAGUGUGCAUCCAUGAUUGUUCCAAGAUUUAGACAUGAGCUGGUAGUGUUAAAUGGCCUYUUGUAUGCCAUUGSUGGAUGYGAUAAACUUGGCUCUUCUUGUAAGUCUGUAGAAAUCUAYAAUCCUAAACAUGACUGUUGGACGCUGGUUGCUCCUCUAAGUCAUCCUCGUCGGGACUUUGCUGUGGGGGUWCUACAAGGAAGYAUUUUUGUGUUUGGUGGGGGAGGUACCACAACAGUUGAGAAAUAUAAUAGUGAUUCAGACAGAUGGAGCCUYGUAGGAAAUUUGAAGAAGCGCUGGUGUAACUUUAGGUGUGUGGCGUAUCCGUUUAUUCAAGUUAAGCCCCCAAAGACGUAUCACUGGCAAGAUGUYCAUGAGAAAGGGGAGAAGGCUGUGAAUAAAAACCUCUGAGUUGRCUGACAAUAAGGUUGUUGAAAGUCAAUGUAAGCCAUGGUUGAACUUCAAUUAAGGGAGAGGGAACAAUUAACUACUCUUCACUCAGUCUAGGAAUAUUAUGUCUGUAGUUUAUUUGGAUGUUCACUUCUCUCUUUUUUCUUCCUAUCACUUUAUGUACRGUAUUUUUUAUUUGUAUAUAUCUUGCUGUCACAAUGGUCUGGGAUUUGAACCCWGGCACCUUCAGACACAAAAUUAACUUCAAGAAUUCCAACAUGUCUCUCAACAAACCAUCACAUCUCUCUCUCUUUUGUAUUAUGUACUCAUUUGUUUAGACAAUAUAUUUYAAAACAUUAUUUUAUGAGAAUGUGAUUGUCUAUAAAGAAUAUCAAAACAAGAGUAAAGAUUAAGUUUAAUAUU